AGAGACCGUGGCAGUCGCCGGACCCCGGACCCAGCGCACCCACACCAUGGCCGGCCUCAGCCUCGCCUGCUGCCUGCUCGGCCUCCUGGCGCUGACCUCCGCCUGCUACAUCCAGAACUGCCCCUUGGGCGGCAAGAGGGCCGCGCUGGACCUCGACGUGCGCCAGUGCCUCCCCUGCGGCCCCGGGGGCAAAGGCCGCUGCUUCGGGCCCAGCAUCUGCUGCGCGGACGAGCUGGGCUGCUUCGUGGGCACGGCCGAGGCGCUGCGCUGCCAGGAGGAGAACUACCUGCCGUCGCCCUGCCAGUCCGGCCAGAAGCCGUGCGGGAGCGGGGGCCGCUGCGCCGCCGCCGGCAUCUGCUGCAGCCCCGACGGCUGCCGCGCCGAGCCCGCCUGCGACCCCGAGGCCGCCUUCUCCCAGCACUGAGACCCCUCCACAGCCACCGCCAGGAAUUAUGAAAAUGAAAUAAAGCAGAUUUCCGCUCCAA